AUGACAAUCAUACGGGGGCACAAAUGGGAGACACAUUUACAUACAACACACCCAGAAAACACACACAAAAAUACAGAAGAUUUAAAUUAUUGUAUAUUAUCUAUAAGAACUCAAUUUGUUUUCUGCCAUGGACGAACAGUCGGAUUCUAAAGGCUCUCGCCGGCCAGCAUCCCGCCGAAGAUCAUGUUCUUCCAAGCCAAAGAAGCGGAGGUCAAGCAGCUCAAAGAGAUCUACCGCUUCGCACGCGGCUAGCUCCACGAUCCGGAAGACAUACCCUCUGCGGGCAUAUGCCAGCUAUACGAUCCGGAAUAAGUAUCCGGGGCCACUACAGACCUACGACGGGCAGUCCCGCGGCGAGAAGCGUCUCAUUAACUUCUCGGAUCUGACCGAAAGCUACCUUUCCCUGGUGUUCAAGGAGGUCGAAGAGGAAGAGGCGAAAGAGAAGGGAAAAAUUCUGUUGGAGGAGAAGAAGUCAAGUGGCUUGGUGAAUAAGAAGGAGAGCAAGUGCCGGGCGCAAAGUCCGGAGAAGGAGGGAUCUUCUGCAGAGAAGAAGAGUUCCAAACGUUGCCUGGAAAAGAAGAAGGAAAGCUGUCCAGAAAAGAAGAAGGAAAGUUGCGUAGAAAAGAAGGAAAGCUGUCCAGAAAAGAAGAAGGAAAUCUGCGUGGACCCGAAGAAAAGCUGUCCAGAAAAGAAGGAGAUCUGCACGGAAAAGAAGGAGAGCUGGUGGAGUAAGUUUUUCGGGUGUGAGAAGAAAAAGAAGAGCUGUGGAGGGGGGCAGGGCCAGUCCCGCAGUGCAGAGGAGAUGGUCAGGCAAGAAAUUUGCGCCAAGAGGUACUACGAGAUGGGGCUGCGUAGGAGCCGCAAGGAUGGGGCGCCUUGGCAGUCACUCAAGCACGAGCAGAAGCUGCCCUUCUACUGGACAGCGCUCACCGGAGAGAGGCUGCGGGCCACGGCGUACUCCAACUUCCAGCAGAGCUUCAUGCGGCGCUUUCGGCGAGUGCAGCCGCGGGCUUCCCUCAGGCGGGUGCGCUUCGAGGCUCGCACCAAGUGGUAUGCCCUGGACCGGUGCCAGCGACUGCCUUUCGUCGUGCAGGCCCUGCUCUACCACGUGAGCACCGGAGCCGUGGAUCUCCUGGAUCAGUGCGCUGUCCGGGCGAAGUUCAGAAAGCUGAGGGGCAGGAAUUAGCACGAGAAAAUAAUCUUGUACGAGAAACAGAUGUUGCCGCAGUCUAUUUUUGGGCCAAGAGUUUCCAAAUCUGCGACUCUUUCCAGCUGCCGGUGGCAGCAGCUCCUUCUUUAUGGACUGCCGCCCUUGAACCACAUUCGAGGGAAUAAUGGAUCGCCGUUCCUCCACAGCCAUUCCAUACUUUUCGCACAUGGCCCAAGGUCGCUCCGUUGACAUGGCCUUCGGGGGAGGCACUUGAUUAACAAUUAGCGGUUCACGAUUCACGAUUCACGAUUCGCGAUUGACGAUUCGCGGGAAACCAGCCAAGGUCGGUUCCUCGACCCAUUCCCCUCCGUUUUCCCCACAGAGCGAAUCAAUUUCCCAUGCGCAUACAUUAGCCAUAAAAAUCUGCUGUGCAAAUAAAACAAAAAGCAAACGAGA